AUGCUCUCUCCGACGCUCGCCCCGACGAGCGAGAGCGAGACCUCGCCGACAGUAGAGACGACACGAUACCCGCACACCCGUUCAACGCACAAGAGAGAGACCAGCUUCGGCGGUGGACACGUUACCCGCCACGGCUCGACGUCCGAGUCCGAGUGGUCGCUUCCCGACCAGCCUCGGGGACCGACCCGCAAGGAGUCCCAGUCGACGCUUACCCCGCCAGUCCGAGUUUUCCCCCGGCCACCUUCCGACGGAAACUUCACGCCCACGAUCAGGCCAGGUUCUGUCAAGAGUGUUAGUUUGGAGAGGGGAGACGACGACACGGCCUCGAGGCGCUCGGUUCGCUCGUUCCGAGCGACAGUCACCAAGCACCGACCACCGAUGCCGCACAAGGCUUCGCACGAUUCCCUGCUGCCGACGAUGGUGCAGGCGAUCGAAUCUUCUCUCGGUCCUAACGUGAUCACAGGGAGCUCGAGUAACGGUGGCGGCAGUGGGAGUGGUGGUCAAGGAAGGCGUUCUGCGCCACCUUCCUCGACAACGACGCAUGCCAGGACCAACCGUGAUUUGCGCCCGGACAAGUCGAGCCAGAACCACAAAGCACGUACGGGCGAAACAGCCGAUCGGGUCACUGCGCUUAACGGGCAGAGCAAUGGCCACGAUGGAGGAGUUGGAGUCAUUGGAAGCUUUGACAAACGCCUCAAUCGUAGCGUCAUGAGUCUCGGCGUCAAGGCAAAGGCGGAGAAGGUUGUUAACGCAGACCCUCAGCCCCGCCUCGCAUCGCUGUAUCUGGUUACUGGCCUGUUCAAAGAUCCUUCCGAGUGGGCCCUGUCGGACAAGGAUGCCGUCCUAGGUGUGCAGCCGAUGGAGGACAGCUUGGGCGUCUUCUGGCGUCCGAACAUGCUCGGGAACACAUGGAGCGGAGAAAAGAGCGACGAGUUUGCCGGACGCUCGGGCAGCAAGUCGGGUCGCUCGGGCAGCACGGUGCGCCGAGACGCAAACGGGCAGGCCCUUCCGGGCACCAAGCCUGAGGGUGCCUCGCGCCUCGUCGCUCGAGCGAUGAAGUAUGCUCAUCCGAAGGACAUCGAGGUCGUCAACUCGACCUUAGCUCCCCCAACGACCUGUCACACGUUCACCUUCUCCGUGGCCCGCCAGGGAACCCUGUCCGCUAUUGCUGCCCAAGCCACUCGGGCCUCCAAGAUCGGCGCCCAGCAGUACGACAACUUCAACCCCGCCUCUGCGUCCACGCCCUACAACCCUGUGCCCGUCGGACAGGAGCACCUCCGUGGCACGACCAGCUCGUCCGACCUCAUCUUCUAUGGUGUCACGCUCACCGUGUGGUCGCACGCCGACAAGGAUCGCGCCGACAAGCUCAACGAGUUCAGGCAGCGUGUCGGUGUUCGCCACCGCGAGGACUCGGGUCUGUCCGAGUCGACUGCGAUCAAGGAGCGAGCAAGGCGCCGCAGCAAGUUACCGUGGCUCAAGUCUGACCCGUCUACGCCCACCGAUGUCACACCGAGUGAAACUGGUGUCGACUCGGACAUGGAAACCACCUUUACCAGCACAGACGCCAAUGCCUCCUUGUCCAACCUCGUGCCCGCUUUCGGGGAGUCGACUGACGUUUUCUGGCUACCGUAUGGCCUCACUCUAGGUGAGCUCCCAUCGACCACUCGCGAGCUAACAGCAGUGUCUCGAUAUCCUAUCUACGACAUCAUGCAGGACUACUUGCGCUUGAGCGUAAGCUUGCCCAGGGGAGUUCUUCAAGCUGACAUCCAGUGGGCACGAUACCAGAAGGACGCCCGGUCUCAUAUGCGGCAGAUCUUCACGCUGCUCAACGCAGAGGCGCCUCGUCCAGGUGACCUGUUCAGGCUGCCGAUUGGCAAUUCGCGGAACGACGAGGUCGUCAUCGAGGCUACGAUGCCGGGCGCACUCGACUUUGACAAGGGCAUCUUCAAGGUGGACUUCCAGAUGUGGCCCAUCUUCCAGUGCCUCGACCUUGACAACAUCAUCACGUGCGUGGAGGUGGCACUUUCGAACUCUGGCCGUGUCAUCGUCACGUCGCGGCACCCGCCCAUGCUCGGCACGGCGGUUCAGACGCUGAAGUAUAUUGUCGAGCUGCGUGGCUGGAACGGCAUCGCGCUGCCGCACAUUCACACGCGCGACUCGACGUUCAUCAUCGAGGACCCUGGGCCAUACAUCAUCGGCUUGCCGACCGAGGCUCGGUACAUGCUGACCCCGCCGCCCGAGGUCGUUAUCGUCGACCUCGACACGAACACUGUCAGCUGCAAGGCGUUCCCCGCCGGAGUUGUCACGCCGCGCGAGAAGCGCAUGAAGGCCCGUGCCAAGCUUCUUGCCUCCUUUGGCCCGUCGUACCCCUCAGAGAAGUCUGUGCCGUUCGAGUAUCGCGUUUCGUUCCCUAAGGGGGCGUUCCGCAACAUAAACCGUGUCAACCACGGCCCGAUCCGGCCCCGCUACCUCGGCGAGCGCCUGCACCCGCCCGACUGGUGGAACCAGAAUGCGGUUAUCUCCGUGUUCGACAAGAUCAUGGCCGACAAGAAGCCCACGCUGUUCCAGAGGCUGACCAAGUCUGGUUUCCUCCGUGCGCAGGAGCAGCUGUCGGCCAACGACAUGCUCGCCAAGGCGAUGAUGCGCAAGCGUGCUUUGCAGGAAGGCGAACACUGGAAGCAGCGAUUCGAGACUUUCGAGAAGUAUGCGGAGCGUCUGGCGAUCGAGGCGUCCGAACUCAAGCUCAGGAUCGACAAGGAACAGCGCGAGGCCCGCCGUCUUUCUAACACUGUCGGACAUGCACCAAUCGAUCUUGAGCGAGAACGGAACGCCAUCAUGGACGCCAUUGAGAUGCAAAUCACAAACGCCCUCGAGCACAUGCCCAUCACUGCGGACCUCCGCAGGCUUCUUCCUCCCACUCCCGAGCCGGCCGACGCGCCCACCACGCCAACAGACUCGCCACCCGGAACCCCGCUCAGCAACUACUCCGUCCCCCUGGCGCCGAAGAAGCCCCGGCGACCGGGAGCGCGCGACUCGACGCAGACGACGUUCUCCUGGGACAGCCAGACGUCGAACAACCCCGUCAGUGUCCUCGGUGCGCUCAUUGAUGGCUCUAUCCGCCGCGAGCACCUCGGCUCUAUUGUCGACACGGACGAAGUCAGUAACGCCGACCGCUUCCUCUCGACGAACAAGAACGACAGUAUCUCGCAGCGUGUCGCCAUCAUCCAGGCCAAGUCCGAGGUGCAGAGCUCCCAGGCUGGCUCUCACGAUGGCCACGGUUCAUAUGACGGGCACGGCUCUUCUGUUGACUCGCACUACUACGAGUCGGAGGACUCGCACGACUACCGUGGCAAGCCUUCGAGCCCGUCCUCCCCCGUGUCAGACUACACGACGCGCGCGGGUUCGGUGCGGUCGAGCAAGUCGUACCGCUCCUCGCGCUCUACGCCGCGACGCACGCGCAAGCUCGCGAUCCGGUCUCCCUCGACGGCCGAGUCGGACCACGAGAUCACGCCCGUCGAGGAAGAGCCCCUAGACCAGGAAGAGGUGUACAAGCUGCGCCCGACGAUCGCGUACCGCCCGCUCGUGCUACGCCCGCCGCCGCGCAAGGUGACGCAGAAGAAGAGCUACGAGAGCAUCGACAGUGCAAGCACGAGCUAUGAGCAGAAACGACGUACCCGCGAGGUGCUCGUGACCCCGCCCGAGCCCGAGAUGGUGGCGCUGCACGACCGCGACGGCGAGCGCAAGGUUGUCGUCGACGACGCGAGGCCCAGCAGCGUCAUCUCCACCAUGACUGUGACGUUUGGCUCUCCGGGGUCCAACGGGCACUAA